UUCAUUCGCUACAUGUAGCUGUUUCUACCUGCAGUUUCACACAGACUCUUAAACCUGAUCGAGUUAAAGUAAUACCAGCAUUUGGAGAGGAUAAACUCACUGAUCCUGAGAUAAGGAACAUGAUGCCUGCAAGAGACUCCAGCAGUCAUCAAAUGACUAUUGGCAUUCUUAUUUUUGCGAUGAGACAAGAACCAGUGCAGACAGGCCUUAUUCACUUCUUAGUGCCCGGACAAAAUUUUACUCAAGUAAAUGUGCUCACAGCACACCAGCUCAAUCAUAAUCAAGAUGAACCACAUUACUGCACACAGUGUGGAAAGAGGUUCCUUUCCAGAAGUCAACUCCUUCGACAUCAGAGCAUCCACUCAGGAGAGAAGCCGUAUCAGUGCACACAGUGUGGAAAGAGUUUUACUCAUCAGAGCUCUCUCGACAUGCACCAACAUGUUCACGAAGAAAAGAAGCCAUAUCCAUGCUCACAUUGUGGCAAGAUUUUCAUUCGUGAACGUUGUCUCCUGCGACAUCAGCGUGUUCACGAAGAAGAGAAGCCAUGUCACUGUUCACGAUGUGGAAAGACUUUUACUCAGCAGAGUUCUUUCCGACACCACAUAUGCAUUCAGACUAAAAAGGAUCCGUAUCAGUGCUCACAAUGUGGAAAGAAUUUCCUUUCCGGAAAAUAUUUAAAACGGCAUGAACGCGUUCACACCGGAGAGAAGCUGUGUCGUUGCUCACAGUGUGGAAAGAGAUUUGCUCAGCGGAGUUCCCUCCUCCAACACCAGUGCAUUAAAACAGAAAAAAAGCCGCAUCAGUGCUCACAAUGUGAAAAGCGUUUCCUUUUCAGAUCUGCUCUCCAGCGGCAUCAACACGUUCACACUGGAGAGAAGCCGCAUCACUGCUCACAGUGUGGAAAGAGUUUUGUUCAGAAGCAAUCUCUCCAAAAACACAGAUGCAUUCAAACAGAAGAGAAGCCGCAUCGGUGCUCACAGUGUGGAAAGAUUUACAUUUACAAAGCUACUCUCCAGCGGCAUGAACGCAUUCACACACGAGAGAAGCCAUAUCAUAAGUGCUCGCAGUGUGGAAAGAGGUUUAUUUAUCGAAGUUCUCUCCGACAACACCACUGCAUUAACAAAGAAAAUAAGCCGUUUCACUGCUCAAAGUGUGGAAAGUGUUUCCAUAAUGGAAGUCUUCUUAAGCGCCACCUACCAGUACAUGCAAAACAGAAGCCGAAUCAGUGCUUAAAAUGUGGAAAGGUUUUCAGUUCCAAAUAUCUCCUGCAGUGCCAUGAGCAUGUUCACACGGGAGAGAAGCCGUAUUACUGCUCGCUUUGUGGCAAGAGUUUUACUCGAAAGAAUUAUCUCAAGGUCCAUCAGCGCAUUCACACUGGAGAAAAGCCUUACACAUGCACGCAAUGUGGAAAGUGUUUCAACGGACAAAGUACUCUCAAGGCACAUCAGCGCAUUCACACUGGAGAAAAACCCUAUGACUGCUCAGAGUGCGGGAAGAGUUUCAGGCAAAAGGGUGCUCUUCGAUAUCACAAGCGCAUUCACACCGGAGAGAGGCCUUACAUCUGCUCACAGUGUGGAAAGAGUUUUAUUCGCCAAGCUGCACUCAAUGUACACCAGCGCAUUCACACAGGAGUGAGACCUUAUCACUGCUCAGAGUGUGGGAAGAGUUUUAUUCGAUCAUAUGUGCUUACAAGACACCAGAUCAUCCACACAAAGAACAGCAAAAAUUAAUGGAGCUUACACUUGUCUUACAGAAGCUGCAUCAUUGCUGACAGUGUCGGCACGGAUUUACAGUAUAUAUUAAACAGAGGUUUACUUAAGUACUAUAAAUAAGUAAAUAAGCAAUUUAAAUGUUACUGAAGUGCAGUUUCAGCUGUAAUUCAAGGAGUUUAACCAAUAUAUUGUAUUAUGGUUUAGUCUUUUUUUUUUAACAGCCCCUCAAUUUUUAACAGAUUUAAAAGUAUCUAGACAUAGUAAUAAAAUCAUAGAUUAUAAAAGAAGCUCAGGGUGGUUGAGAUCAGGUGUCUGACUUUUCCCUUUUAGAACAUCAUUAUUAUUAUUAUUAUUAUCAGCAUUUGACUGAAUCUGAGCAGAAAGUGGAUUUAGUCUAUACACUCUACAAUUCAUUCUGCUGCUUCUAUCAGCAGCCACAUCACCAAUAAUACAGUCCCUCUGCAGCCAGAUACGCCAUUGCCAUAAAGCUACCUCCACCAUGUUUGUUGAUGAUGAUCAUGAUCGUUCAUUAUUCUGCUACAAGUUUGCCUUAUAUUAGAACUAUUUUUAGUUUUGUUAAGAUUUCCAAUUCCU